AUGCGCAACAAGCCCAACAAACCAAGAGCGCCGCGCCGCCGCGAUAACAGAGAUCGUCCUUAUGGAGACUCGGAUUCAUAUCGACCUGGCGACAGGCAUGAUCUUCCACCUCGACCGCCGCCACCUCGCGAUGACUUCCGAAACUCGGGAGGUGACUCGUAUCGUCCGCGCGUGCCCCAGGGGGACUUCACAUUUCGCAUGGAUAAGCCAGCUGGAAUGCCCGAUUUCCCCACUGAUUAUCGUGGCCCGCCGUCCGAUAGAAGAGGUCCGCGUCGCGAUGGUGGUAGAGGCCGAGGUCGGGGUAGAGGAGGAAGGCGCUGGCAACCCCCGCCUCACCCCUCCGAGCGCGCUCUAGUUUCAGGCGCGACGCAAAAUAUGCCAGAGGAGCGUCUAGGCGAAGAUGGUAUUGCCAAGUUCCGCGACGUUGAUGAGCUGUCUGAUGAUGACGAGCUCGAGAUGGAUAUCUCUGAGGAUGAAGAGGCUGAAGGCCCUUCCAAGAAGCGUGCCAGAACUACGAAUGAUGAUGAUGAUGAUGAGGCUGAUGCAUCUGGUGAUGCUGCACCUAAGUGGUCUAACCCUGAUCCAUACACAGCUCUUCCCUGCCCUGAUGAAAGCACGCGAAAGAAGAAGGAUAUGGUAAAGCUCAUCCGAAAAGCGCGACUCGAAGACCAGACAGAUAAGCUGGCUGCGUCAACUGAAGCUGAGGACUUUAUCUCUUUUGAUCUUACCGAAGACGAAGAGACCAGUGAAGACGAAGAAGAGGAAAAAGAAGCGCCACCUCCUCCUCCCCGUGAGCCUCCUCCCACCAUCGAACAACCGCCGCCUCCUCCUCCGAACGCACCCUCUGGACCCAGAGCCGAUCGCGACAACGUGCGGACGCCUAUGGACGAUAUCAUGGAGGCUAGAAGACUCGCGAAUGAUGGCCUAGGCUCCCGCAAACGUACCGCCGACGACGUUAUCAAGCCCCCCGAUUACGGUCAAUUGAAGAAGGCCACUACAAAGCCCUCCAAGGGUGCACUGCUACCCAGCUGGCAACCAAAAGCUACUGAGGAUCCCUGUCCUUGGGACACUGUUGAUCACUCUGCUACUACUAACAUGGGAUUCCGACUACACAAAGAAGUUGUGGACUUUUACGAAUAUGUCAGACCCCGCGAUUUCGAACAACGCAUUCGUGACAACCUCGUCGAUAACCUCCGCAAGGCUAUGCGCCGCGAUGGUCGAAACUUUGCCAGUGCUUCUGUUCAUCCCUUCGGUUCCUUCAUGUCUGGCCUUUAUCUUCCGACAGCAGACAUGGACUUGGUCGUCUGCUCAGCAAGCUUCAUGCGGGGCGGUCCCCCAACAUACCUGUCUGCUAAGAGCUGGCUAUACAAGUUCCAAAAGUUUCUUGUUGCUCAACAAGUUGCCGAACAGCAUUCUAUCGAGGUUAUCGCCCACGCUAGAAUCCCGUUAGUCAAAUAUGUUGACAAGCAGACCGGUCUCAAGGUUGAUGUUUCAUUCGAAAACUUGGGUGGUGUCAACGCGAUCGAGACUUUCCUCCAAUGGAAGGACCAGUAUCCUGCGAUGCCUAUCCUCGUCACUGUGAUCAAACACUUCCUUCUCAUGCGCGGUCUCAAUGAACCUGUAAAUGGCGGAAUCGGUGGCUUCUCAGUCAUUUGCUUGGUCGUCAGUAUGUUGCAGCUUAUGCCACAGGUUCAAAGCAGAAGUCUGGUACCAGAACAUCAUCUCGGCGAGAUGCUUCUCGAGUUCUUUGAGCUUUACGGUUAUGACUUUCACCACGAACGCAACGCCAUCUCUCUUACGAGACCAGUUGGCUACGUCCGCAAGUCCCAUGUCAACAGUCUGACAUACAAGAACUACGACCGUCUCUCCAUCAUUGAUCCUAACAAUUCUGCCAACGACAUCUCCGGUGGUUCAUCCAACACCCCAGCCAUCUUGAACCGUUUCAAGGACGCUUUCAAUCUCUUACGUGACAGGAUGAGUGACAUCGCGCGCAAUCCCAACAAGGGCAACAUUCUUGAGGUGAUUCUCCAGGGUGAUUACUCGUCUUUUAGAAUGCAACGGGAGUAUCUUCGCCAUGUGCAUGAGAAACACAUCGGUCCUUGUUGA